UCGAUCUCGCCAUGACCACCUUCCGACUUUGUUGGUUUGUGGCUCGGAGAGCGCGAGGAUCACGCUCAGUUACCUACACUCGAAGUUUGCAAUGUUCGACAUAUUUCUUCUUCUGACAUCCUCGUCGUUGCCUAUUCCACAUCCACUCCCCCAUAACAAUACCCUGACGACCCAAAUCUACUCUCAGAACAGCCGAGUAGUACACAAGAUCAUAUAGCAUCCAUCCACUUUCGCCAGGCCCAAGCUCGAUGGACCCAACAUCAUCUCAAUCGACACCGAACGGGGGAUUACCAGGUCCAGGACCUAUUCCACCACCUCCUCCUCCCCAAGUUAUGAAUAUGAACCCUCCACUCCCACCUAAUUGGUCUGAACACAAGGCCCCGAACGGGACCUCGUAUUAUUACAACAACCUGACCAAACAAUCGACCUAUACCCGACCUCUUCCUACUGGGAUCGCCCCUUCUUUCCCACCGCCUUCCGUGCCCCAGACGCUCAAUGUCGGCGUUGGCCCUUCUCCUUAUUCUCAUACUCAACCUUUCGGCCAGCCUUUCAACCCUCAUGGUCAUCUCGUUAAUCCUCAUGGCCUCGCACCACAAUUCCCCGCCCCCGUCCUAGCCCCAGGUCUAGCCUCAACGCAAAACAAGCCCAACACCAACACCAACAGCACCGAGGAAAAGAACAAGAAGAAGAAAGAAAAACCCAAACAAAAAAACCCCAUCCCCGGAACCUCCUGGCUCAAAGUAACCACCAACCUCAAUAACGUCUUCUACACCGACCCUUCUACCAAGGUGUCUUCCUGGGUAAUCCCCGAUGAGAUCAAAGAUGCCGUCGAAGCGUUCGAAGCCUCCUUAAAAGCCCAGGCGAAGAAAGAGAAGGAAGAGAAGGCCGAAGAAGAACGAGCGAGGGCGGAAGAGAGACGGUUAGCCGACUUGCGGGAACGGGAAAGAAUUAGGUUGGAGUUAGAGGAAGAGAAGAGGAAAGGGGUUGAGGUGGAGAAGAGGAGGAAGAGGGAGGCUGAUCGGGAGAGGGAGAGGAAAAGGAAAGAACGGGAUGGGGAGGGCGAUGAUGAUGCCGGUGAAGAAGAGCAGGAAGAGGGGGAGGAUGGACGGCGGGCUAAGAAGAUGGUCAAGCUGGACGAGCAGGAGGGAGACGUCGAGAUGAACAACACCGAAAACAACGGCAACAACGACGAAGACGACCCCGAAGCCAGGCCAGAACUCGACUCCGAAGACGAAGAAGCCAUGGCCAUAGGUCCUAUCGACGAAUCCGACGAAGAAGCCUGGCAACGCGCCGUCGCCGCCGAGAUCGCCCGUGAGACCAAGAUCAAGGAUCGACAGAAGAAAGAGAACAAGGCGGCCAAGAAGGCUCGGGAGGAGGAAGCUUUGGGGCGGGUGUUCCAGCUUCCUCCUCCACCUCAAGCUGAGGGUCAGGGUCAAGAUCAAGUUCGAGAUCAAAUUCAGGGUCAGGGUCAGGGUCAGGGACUUCCUACGGGGGUGGCUAGGGUUCAGGUGGAUUUGAACCCUGAUGAGGGAAAGGCGUUGUUCAAGUCCCUGUUGUACGAAAAAGACAUCUCCCCGUUCGCACCUUGGGAAACCUCUCUCCCUCUGUUCAUCAACGACCCUCGGUACGUCCUCUUGCCCUCGGAAAAGCUCCGUCAAGAAGUCUACGAAGACUAUUGCCGCGAGGUCGCUCGUAAUCGUCGGUUGGGCAAGACCAAGCCCGCCGGUACUAGCAGCAGUCCGAGCACCACCGCGGGAGAGACAUCGGGAAAGAAGGACCCGGAGAGGGAAUACAAGUCACUCCUCCGAGCCGAAGUCAAGAGCACCCGGACGAUCUGGGAGGAUUUCCGUCGAGCCUGGAGGAAAGAUCGGAGGUUCUUCGAUUAUGGCAAGGACGACAAGCAGAGGGAAAAGGUCUUUCGGGAUCACCUGCGCGAACUAGGGGAGAGGAAACGGGCCGAUGCGAAGCGGGCGGAGAGGGAUUUCAUGGACCUGCUCAGGGAGCACGAUGAGAUCAAGCCGGAUUCGGACUGGCUGCAGGUCAAGCGUGGGAUGACAUCCGAUCCGAGGUACGACGCCGUCGGUUCUUCCUCGUUGCGUGCAGAACUGUUCCAGCGUCACGUCAAGUCGCUCGGUGCUCAGGCCGAAUCGUCCCGGACCGAGACGCCCGAAGAGGUGGCCGCCAGAAAGGCGAGGGAGAGGAAAGAAAAGGCUCAAGCUAGUCUGCGUGAACGUCAACAGCAGGUGCAGGGUGAAAAGAUGCGGUUGGAGCGGGACGUACAGAAGAGCAAGCUCGGUGCGGGACGGGAGGACGGGGAGCGAGAGUUUGGUAGUCUGCUCAUUCAGGCCGUUCGUGAACACAACGCUUCUUGGCAAGAGACAAUACCGCAGCUGGAAAAGGAUCCUCGUUGGGAACAUCCGGCGUUAACGCUCGCCGACAAGCACGGCAUGUUCAUCGCCCACCUCCAGUCUCUGGCACACAAACGGCUCGACGCGCUGCAUAAAUUGUUCCUCGCCCACGCUCCUUCCCUCGAUACGCCGUUCGAAGACGUCUACCCCGAAAUCGUCAACGACUUUGCGGUGACGCGGCUCGGCCUGACGCCGGAAAAGCUGCAGAGUCGGUACGAAGAGUGGCAGAGGGUACGCUUCCAACAGAGCAAGGCCGAGUUCCAAGCUCUCCUCAAGGAGAGCAGCUUUGUCGACUUUUGGGGACGGAUGAAGAACAAGGCUCUGGCCAGUCAGGGGGUCAUCCCGAAUGAAGAUUCCGAUGAAGAGGAUGACGGCGGGGAUGAGACGGGUGGGAAAGCCAACCUGGAGAUAAUGGCCAAACAGAUCGAUCUCAAGGAGAUGCACGACGUGUUACAGCACGACAAGCGGUAUCUCGUUUUCGAUCACGUCCCGGAAGAAAGAGAGGCUUGGCUUCGAGAAUACCUCGCCGGUCUCGACAAUGCACUGGCAAAUUUGCACGUUCAGGCACAGCAUUCGGCAUAAACUUCCUGUGAAUGACGAGAGAAUUGUAAAAGGCGCAUACACAUGAUAUUCGACAUCACAACAGAAAGAUGAACAUAAAGACCGC